GUGCCAAACUGCUUCUCUGCCCCGUGCCGUCUGCUUUCUCCAAUUUUCCGUCAAGCGGGCAGAUUGAACGGCAGAUUCUGCGCCCGGCUGCCCCCCCCCUUCCUCCUGGGCGCUUCGCUUGGGCACGAGGAAUGCUGUAGAAGGACUUGGAGGCUCCUGUGGCAUUUGGGGGCGUCCUUGGCUGCGAAGAGGCUCUGCCUGCAGGAAGCUUGAGCAGAAGAGCUGCCACCUCUUCUGGCGGAGGAAGCUGGCCAGCGUUUCUCCACAUCAGGGGGGUCCUUGGUGCUCUCCGAGCUGGGUGGUUUUCUUGCAGAUGUUUCAUGACCCAAACCAGGUUGGAAUGGGUGGAAAUCAUUGAACCUCGCACGCGGGAGCGCAUGUACGCCAACCUGAUCACGGGCGAGUGCGUGUGGGACCCUCCCGCCGGCGUCCGCAUCAAACGCACCAACGAGAACCAGUGGUGGGAGCUCUUCGACCCCAACACCUCCCGCUUCUACUACUACAAUGCCACCACCCAGCGGACGGUGUGGCACCGGCCGCAGAACUGCGACAUCAUCCCUCUGGCCAAGCUGCAGACCCUGAAGCAGAACACCGAGUCGCCUCGGGCCUCCACCGAAAACAGUCCCGGGCGCAGCACCAAUGUCAGCCGGGAAGGCAGCACCAGCUCCUCCUUGGAGCAGGAGCUGGAAGGCGGAGAGAAGGUCCCGGAGCAGAACCGGCCCAGCCGGCAGCCGACUCAGUUUGCCAUCGUUAAGGAAGAAGCGGAAAGCUCUUCGCCACCUGGAGUUUUCGAGAAGGAAUACGAGCUCUACCGAGACUACGGCUCCGAUGGACAACGGCUUCAUUACCGGGCGUCUUCUCUCCGGUGGAACACGGGGACGAAAGAACGGAUGCUGAUCAAGGUGACGGACCGCGAGCCCAGUUUCCUGAUGCACCAGGGUAACGGCUACACCCUUGACCAUCAGCAGGGCACCCGGUCGCGGAGGCCUUCGGGCGGCCAGCCGUCACCCAAUCUCCAAACCUUUGCCACCGAUUCCGACAACUCGGUCUUCUUCCCCGAGCGGAAGCAGUCGCCCUUCCUGAAACGGGCCGAUCAUGUGGGCAGCUGCUCCCCGCUGCUGGGCCGGGGGGACCCCUUCUGCUCCCCGAUGCAGGGCCAGCACCGUAAGCACUCCAGCGAAUCGCAGCCCUCCUCUCCGCGCUACGCCUACGAGCCGCCCUUGUACGAGGAGCCUCCCAUGGAGUACCAGGCCCCCAUCUACGACGAGCCACCGGUGGAUAUGCAGUUCGAGGCCAGCGGGAGCUACAAAGCGGGUUCUCCCCAAAAGUCCCCCAUCCGCAAACCCCACCCAUUCCUACAGUCGCCCAAACAGGGCUCCAACUCCCCCUACCAGCAGCUGGUCUUGACCAAACAGAAGGGCUCGGACCGCUUCAUGAGCCUGGAGUACAGCCCGGCCGGCAAGGAGUACGUGCGGCAACUGGUGUACGUGGAGCAGGUGGGGUCCAGCCCUACCCUGAAGAGUGCCCCCCGCCACAAAUACUCCCCCAACCCCAUAGGUGGCUCCUACUCACUGCAGCACAGCCCCUGCCUGAUGCGGGACCAGCGUCUGGAGAUCAAAUCUGGAGAUUACAGCAGCAUGGAAGGCGCAGAUUUCCGGCACAGCCCUCCGGCCAUCAUGCCGUCGCAGGGGGAGGAUUCCAUGUCCUGCUCCAGCCAACAGAACACGUUGUCCUCCACAGGUUACUCCCCGGGCAGCCGCAAACGAAAGAGCCGGAAGCCCGCUUUUUCGUACGACCCCAACACGUCGUCCACCGACGGCUCCGGCGAGCGCGACGAAGGCAUGCCAGAGGACAGGCCUCUGUCCGGGUGCAGCCGGUCCCCGGGCGGGCGUCUGGACAGCCGGUCAGUGGAGGGUGAGUCCUGCAGGGCUUCGGCAGAGCCCUUCCUGGCUCAGGCUCGCCUGGCUUGGGAAGCACAGCAAGCCCACUACCAUAUGAAGCAGCGCAGCAGCUGGGACUCCCAGAAGGACGGUUCGGGGUACGAGAGUGACGGGGCCGUGCCGCUGCCUAUGCCAGGUCCGGUGGUCCGAGCCUUUAGCGAGGACGAGGCUCUGGCCCAGCAGGAGAACAAGCACUGGAAGCGCAACCCGUUUGAGAAGUUGGCCUUUCCGCAGAUCCUGUUGGAGAAGAGCGUGUCCGUGCAGACGAAUUUGGCGUCGCCCGAGCCGUACUUGCAUCCGUCCCAGUCAGAAGAUCUUGGCGCCUGCGUCCAGUUUGAGAGCAGCCGCCAAAACCGGAACAUGAUGCCCAGCAACAGCUGCGUCUUCCCCACCUUCAACCUGAGGAAGCCCUCCUCGGAGACGGACAUUGAGAACUGGGCCUCCAAACACUUCAACAAGCACACCCAAGGCCUCUUCCGACGCAAGAUCUCCAUCGCCAACAUGCUGGCUUGGAGCAGCGAGUCCAUCAAGAAACCCAUGAUCAUGACCAGCGACCGCAACGUCAAGAAGGAAGCCUGUGAGAUCUUCAAGCUCAUCCAGAUGUACAUGGGCGACCGGCGGUCCAAGACGGACCAGCUCAACGUAGCUCUGGAGAUCGCCACCAAAGGAUGGAGUAUGCAAGGCCUCCGAGAUGAGCUCUACAUCCAGUUGUGCCGGCAGACCACCGAGAACUUCCGCUACGAGAGUCUCGCCCGGGGUUGGGAACUGAUGUCCAUUUGCCUGGCUUUCUUCCCACCCACGCCCAAGUUCCAUUCCUACUUAGAGGGAUACAUCUACAGGCACAUGGACCCGGUGAACGACACCAAAGUGACUCAGCACAUUAAAGACCUCCUGGAGAGAAACAGUAAGAAGAAGUCCAAAUUGAGAAAAAAACCCAAACCUUAUCUUGAAGACCACGAUGGGGUGGCGGUAAGCACUUACGCCAAGUAUUGUUACAGCAAGCUCCAGAAGGCAGCGUUGACUGGCGCCAAGAAGGGUCUGAAGAAGCCGAACAUCGAAGAGAUUCGUCACGCCAAGAAUGCCGUCUUCAACCCAUCCAUGUUUGGAAGCUCCCUUCAAGAAAUCAUGAACAUGCAGAAGGAGAGGUACCCGGACCGCCAGCUCCCGUGGGUGCAGACCAGGCUAUCAGAAGAGGUGCUGGCACUCAACGGAGACCAGACCGAGGGCAUCUUCAGAGUUCCUGGGGACAUCGAUGAAGUCAACGCUCUCAAACUGCAGGUGGAUCAGUGGAAAAUCCCCACUGGCUUAGAAGACCCCCAUGUUCCUGCCUCCUUGCUGAAGCUCUGGUAUCGGGAACUUGAGGAGCCUCUGAUCCCACACGAGUUUUAUGAAGAGUGCAUCACCCACUACGAGAACCCUGAAGCUGCCAUCGCCGUCGUCCACUCCCUGCCCAGGAUCAACAAAAUGGUGCUUUGCUACCUCAUCCGUUUCCUCCAGGUGUUCGUGCAGCCGGGUAAUGUGGCCAUCACCAAGAUGGACGUCAACAACCUUGCCAUGGUGAUGGCCCCCAACUGUUUGCGCUGCCAGUCGGACGACCCACGGAUUAUUUUUGAAAACACCCGCAAGGAAAUGUCCUUCAUCCGGGUGCUCAUCCAGCACCUGGACACAGGCUUCAUGGAGGGAGUGCUAUAGCCCCUGUGCCAACAGGACCGGACCGCAGUUGGACAACCAUCACCUGGAUCUUCUCCCGUAUCCCGAAGUCAGUCAGUGAGAACCAUUUUUUUGAUGCAGCAGGAGAUGCCAACCUUGUGAAGCACCCGAAGAGAAAGCUGUGAGCCACUGACCUUGCCAUCCUGGCUAUGCCACCUUGGGCAUCUGAAGUUGCCCAGGAACCCCUUGGGGCCUGUGCGAUGGAGAAAAUAUGGCUGCCUCUUAGUGGUCCCCUGGUGGACAACCUCCUGACCAGGACUUCAUCAGGAGUGUCUACAAAAAUGGACAACCCAACACCGUUCGGGAGAACCGUGAACCAAGCUAGAAAGGCCAGGAGGCCUGUCUACCCCUCCCCCCCCCAAAUUAAGUUUGUCCUGUGGAAAUGGGGGCGCAGCACCUGGUUCGGGCAGCUGAGGGAACGUUUGAAUGGGUCGAUGUGGGGGGUGGGGGCGAAUGUCCAAGAUGUUAGCUGAAUCCUUUUCAGACGAGUCGGAGGAGUAGGAGGGAACGAAAGGUGAUAGGACGCAGAUCACAAAGACUGGCGUUGCGGGGAAAGUGAACUGGCUUCCCAGGAGGUCAGUUAGUCUGACUGCUUCUGUGGAAGGGGAGGGGUUGCCAUCAGAUUGACCAUUGAAAACUCUAAAGUGGGGGGUGGCACCUCUGGAAGCCAUGGACUAGCUGUUGGCGAGGCUCAAACCCGGCAGGCUUUUUAAGAUUUGGGGAAGACCUCCCCCCCUUCCUUUUUCCUUCCUUGUUGUAGCACAGUCACUGCCAAAGGGGGGCCAAGCCAUGCAGCCCCCCCUCCCCAUCUCAACAUCUCAGUGCCCCACAAAAGGCCUGGUUAUGCCACCCUUGAAACAGGAGGGGAAUAACGAGAAGGAGUUUCGUUCUGGUCACUCGUUUUUUUCUUGUCGGGCAGAAUUUUAUACACUGUGAUACAGAACCGGAGCACUUUCUUGACCUCUCCUUAAGUGAAGGGGUGUGUGUGUGUGUGUAUGUGUGCGGAAACGGUACCAGGCCCUCCUUGACCCUCGCAGCUCCCCAGUUGAGUGGUGGUGACGACAAGAAGUGGGGUGCCCCCCCCCCCCCGAUUCUGGAGCUGUCCAUGCUUACCCAGCCUCAUCUCAACGUCCCUUCCUGCACUCAGUGCUUUGGUGUUAGAGAAGGUGGGUCCUACUCGGGUUCCAGGACGACCCGGUCCACAACCAAUUCCUUACGGCACCUUAAGUGAUAGACUUUGGCUGGAUCUGGGGCAUUCUCCACCAGGUUUCCAGACAUUUUGUUUUUUUCUCCCCGAAGGAAGGAGCUAAGUUCUCUUCCGUAGGCCAGAAAUGGGAGAAGGCCAGCGGUACUGGUGAAAAUAAAACAUUCCCAUAAAGUGUCCUCUGUCCCAAAUGCUUGUACCUGGGUAUCUUGCACAUCCUUAUUGGGCCAAAAAAAAAAAAAAGGAACUUAGAGGUAGGGUUAUGGGGUGGAAAGCAACAGCUAAAAAUGCUUUAUAUUGGCAACAUUUGAGCAUGUUUAACAUGGUCUACAAACAUGGGAGGCAGUUAUUGCUCCCUGCCCAGCCUUCUUCAAAAGGAGGGACCUUCGAUCUUUCACGUUUAUUUCUCAACUUCCACUGUUGAAAUCUUGAUAUAUAUUUUUUUCAAGAAGCAAAGCCAAAUUCUCAGUUUCCCGAGAUGAAAGAAAAUCAGAAAGUGCAACGAGUUGACCUUUGCUUCUCCAUCCAUCCCAUCACAACGCAUGGGAGAUGUCUCUGUAUCUGUAGGAAGGUGGCUUCUAUCUCCUCCUGGGUCCAGGAACGGACAAUCUUACCUUGUGUUCGUGUACCUAUGUGCAGAGAACCAGAAAGUUAUAGGGCUUAUCUAAAACUAAGUGGUCCUUGAAUGGGACAGUUGGUGGAGAACAUCUUGGACUCUAACCAUGACUCUGGCCUACAGGGGUAGAGAGUUCUGACACAGCAGGGCUUCUAUCCCACCACCUGUCUCUUGCCCUCCUGCCUUCCUGCUUCCUACAGUGUAUCAGACCCAUAUCAGCCCUAAGGCCCUCUAUCUCCACUUGACCAAAGGCCAGGAUGAUGGCCUUGAAGGUCUGUAGAAUUGGAUGAGCUGUUGUAGUGAGGGGACUCCCACCAAGGCAAGUCCGCUUCUUGGAUAUUGUCGGCCGUGGUGGGGCUACCUCAACUCUGCCAUGCUACACAGGUCUCACGUGCUGUGGUUUCUAGCAUCUUUCAGCGCUUUUAGAGAAAGGUGCAAGAAUGCUCCUAGGGGUUGUUGGCUGCUCCUGGCCAACUGGAGGAGAGGGUCCCAUUCACCCCUUGGGUGCUAAGCAGUUCUUGGAGGAGCUUGUGGUUUCCAGAGAAAGUGCCUUUUAUUCCAACAGACCAGAGCCCUCCCACCUGCAACUUCUUCUUAAAAAAGAACAACUCUCCAAUUCUCUUACCUUGAGAUUAUUCCAGGUGCAGAGCGUUUACUCCUAAUCGCAUCCUGUUGCAGGAUAAAGCAUGGAGGAGCUACCUAGCUGGGCAACUCAAGGUCACCUGCCACCUUGUUCAUCGUUUGGGUUAGUUCUCAGCUCCCUUAAUCACCCAGCAAACACGGGAGGUGGGAGAACAACGCAUGUGGCAGAAGUCAUGGAAGUGUGGACUUUCCCACUUGGGACCAGUCCAGAAAAAGGUCGAGCUGAUUGGCCGGAAUGCAAGAUUUGGCACGCGGGCAGCCUUUGCGAUCAGUGUUGGGGGGCUCCUCCACACCAAUUAAAAACUGGAGUCCAGAUGGAUCUCCAAAUGGGAAAACCGGGGCCGCCAGUCUUCCAGAUCGUAACUCAAAAGAGUCCAACCAACUCCGUCCGUUCCGGAAGCCCUUUCCCAGCCUAGCAGCUCAGGUUCACCGCUGAUCUUUUCGGCUGGGGGAAUCCCUGCUUCGUUUGCACUUGGGGUCGGUGAGAAACGGCGCAGAAAAGAGAGAAGGACCAAAGACUCCGAGCCCGGUUUGCAAAGCCCCUGGUCCCUCUUUUUCCCGACGGUCAUCGAUUUCGCACGAUCGGCUUAGAAAGCCUCUGGCCAAGAUGCCUUUUUUUUGUAAAUAGGAAGGAAACCUGCCUCUUUUUGCAGCUGUUUUGAGGAUCUGAGUAGGACUUUUUUUUUUUUUUUUUUUUUUGGUGGUUCAGUCGGUCAAAAAAGAACGAUGGUGGACAAACUGCCCUUCACGUCAGGGCCUGGCUAUGAAUUUCGGGGAAUUUGCAGGGUCAAAGAGACAGGUCAAUCUGAUGCAGAUGAAGGGAGAAUAACCUCGUCUUCACAGCAGGCACAGAAUUUAUGUCCUUCUUGAGAGAAUUUAUUAUAUAGAGAAGUGUUUCUCAACCUUGGCCGCUUUAAUAUGAGUGGACUUCAACUCCCAGAAUUCCCCAGCUUGGGGGAAUUGAAGUUCACCCAUCUUAAAGCAGCCAAGGUUGGGAAACACUGAUAAUAGAUAUUCCCCCCCCCCACCCCCCCUCCAAUCUGGUAUCCACCUCCAGCAGCAUUAGGACUGCAAUUCCCAGCAUCCUGGCUGGGGAGGAUGGGAAUUGCAGUCCCAACCCAGCUGAAUUGGGGGGGGGGGAGAGGUAAGGGUUCAGUCACGGGAACAUGGUUACAGAGCUGUCACGGGAAACCGACGCGCUCCAUUGGCUAGCCACAGAACGGAGCUCCGAGUUGUAAAUACCAUUCAUGCCAACUUUUUUUUUUCUUCGUGCGUGAGAAGAAUGCUCUCUUUUUUUUGUUAUUUAUUCGGUUGUUGCUUUCCAGCGAUUUGCCUCCCCUCCCCCCCUUCAGAAAUAUAUUUAUUCCUGCUCUUGGGAAUGAAGCUUUCCAAUGACGAUUAAAGGGUUACACGCAGAA